GCGGAAUUUCCGAGGGCUUGCCUCUCCUCAUGCGCACCCACAAGAGAAUUUCACGCAAGAAUUGGGACUGGCGUUUGGAUCGACAACUUCACAUUCCCACGACGACGACACGACAUCUUUUUUCUUCUUUCCCACGGUCCUCCAACGCGAGCGGGAAAGCUACAGCACAAUGUCGACGCAGACGGAGCCCACCACCAAGACCUUCGGCAAGUCGAGCCGGACGGUGCUUCACCACUCCCAGAAGGCCCAGAAGUGGUACCCAGCGACCGACGAUGCCGGCCCCCGGAAGGUCCGCAAGGCCAUCCGCCCCUGGACGCCGCGCAAGUCUCUGGAGCCCGGUACCGUCCUGAUCCUCCUCGCCGGCCGGUUCCGUGGCAAGCGUGUUGUUCUCCUGAAGUCCCUCGACCAGGGCGUCCUCCUCGUUACCGGUCCCUUCAAGAUCAACGGCGUGCCCCUGCGCAGGGUCAACGCCAGGUACGUCAUCGCGACGUCGCAGAAGGUCGACCUGUCCGGCCUGGACGAGCAGAAGAUCGAGGAGGUUUCGCAACCCAAGUACUUCACCGCCGACAAGGCCAAGGAGAAGGCUGGCGAGGAGGCCUUCUUCAAGCAGGGAGAGAAGCCAGAGAAGAAGGAGGUUAACAGCACCCGGGCCGCGGACCAGAAGGCGAUCGACAAGGCCCUGAUCGCCAACAUCAAGAAGGUCGACCUUCUUGCCUCUUACCUGGCCUCCUCCUUCAGCCUCCGCAAGGGCGACAAGCCCCACGAGAUGAAGUGGUAGGCGGGGUAACGGGAGACGGGGGAGGUGCAUCGGGUUUACUGGAUUGGGGCUCGGCGCGUGCGAUUUUUCUUGCAGUGGAUGAUGGGCUGGUAUGGCUUUGUUUGGCCAAUUGCAUCCGGACGUUGAAAGGGUUUGGUCCAUUCUGGCGUCUGUAAUCGAGGUUUACACAGUCAACAAGAACAAAAAAGAUCCGGAUCUUCCAUGGGGUUAUUAUGGUCACACAAGGCAUCUCUUUCUGGUUCUUUUUGGGGGUCUCUCUUUUGAAGCUAGAGCUAUCGAACUUCUUUUACGCGGCGCCA